CACGAGCGCACCCCUGGGGAUAAAUUACGCACCAGACACAUUGCUGGAGGAAAGGACACUCCUCUCUCACUAACGUGCGCGGGUAGCUAACUCCUUCAUUCCACAUGGCGAUUUCUCUGCACUUCUCUCGUAUCUCCACUCGCACCGAGCUUCUCCGGCCGGAGACCAGAAUUUUCCGGCAGCGGAAGCCGUCAUCCGUCCGAUGUUCUGCCGCCGGAGAAGCUGCUACGUCUUCUUCCGUGGAGUCGGAGGGCUUUGAUGCCAAGGUUUUUCGCCACAACUUGACGAGGAGCAAGAAUUACAAUCGCAAGGGGUUUGGAUAUAAGGAGGAAACACUCGAGCAAAUGAGCCAAGAGUAUACAAGUGACAUAAUAAAGACACUGAAGGAGAACGGGUACGAGUACACAUGGGGAAAUGUCACUGUGAAGCUUGCCGAAGCUUAUGGCUUUUGCUGGGGGGUUGAGCGGGCUGUUCAGAUUGCGUAUGAAGCUCGCAAACAGUUUCCAACUGAGAAGAUCUGGAUCACCAAUGAAAUAAUUCACAAUCCGACUGUUAAUCAGAGGCUCGAAGAGAUGGAAGUAAAAAAUAUUCCUCUUGAUGAUGGGAAGAAACAAUUUGACGUUGUUGACAAGGGUGAUGUUGUAGUGCUGCCUGCUUUUGGAGCUGCUGUAGAUGAGAUGCUCGUUUUGAGUGAAAAGAAUGUCCAAAUAGUUGAUACAACUUGUCCAUGGGUCUCUAAGGUGUGGAAUGUAGUUGAAAAGCACAAGAAAGGGGAGUAUACUUCAAUAAUCCACGGUAAAUAUUCUCAUGAAGAGACUGUGGCAACUGCUUCCUUUGCAGGCAAGUAUAUCAUUGUAAAGAACAUGACAGAGGCAAACUAUGUAUGUGAUUACAUUUUGGGUGGUGGACUUGACGGAUCCAGCUCAACCAAGGAGGCAUUUAUGGAGAAAUUCAAACUUGCAGUAUCUGAGGGGUUUGAUCCCGAUGUAGAUCUUGUGAAAGUUGGUAUUGCAAAUCAGACUACUAUGUUGAAGGGAGAAACCGAGGAGAUUGGACGGUUAGUUGAGAGAACCAUGAUGCGCAAGUAUGGUGUGGAAAAUGUUAACAGCCACUUCUUAAGUUUCAACACUAUUUGUGAUGCAACUCAAGAGCGGCAAGAUGCCAUGUAUAAACUGGUCGACCAACAGGUGGACCUCAUGCUAGUUGUAGGUGGGUGGAACUCGAGCAACACUUCACACUUACAAGAAAUAGCAGAGGAACGUGGGAUUCCGUCGUAUUGGAUUGACAGUGAGAAAAGAAUAGGUCCAGGGAACAAAAUAAGUUACAAGUUAUUGCACGGUGAGUUGGUAGAGAAAGAGAAUUGGCUACCUGAGGGUCCCAUAACAGUCGGCAUAACAUCUGGUGCAUCUACUCCGGAUAAGGUUGUGGAAGAUGUCCUUCUCAAGGUUUUCGACAUUAAGCGGCAGGAAGUAAUGCAACUGGCUUAGAUGAACCCGAAGCUCUCAAAAUAUGUAAACAAACUUAGUGCAAUAACAUGUGUGUGAAAUAUUGUACCCCUAUUACUCCUAGUAUGGAUAUUUUUGCAUAGGAUUUCAUGCAUCUUCUAUCUAUCUAUACUAUUAUAUAUAAACAGAAGAUGAUUUUUGGACUUAAAUCGAUAGUUUUGAUAUCA